CUCCCUCUCUCUGAGUAGAGGCGGUGGUGGUGGAGCACAGCUGAUGUUGAGGAGAGAGGCAUCAUGUGUGAAGGCUGUUCUCUAACGGACUAUAUUCAGCUUUACAGAGAGGCCAGGUCAAGCACCCCUGAGCCUUGGAUCUUUCCUCAUCUUAACCAGCAGUAUAACAGCCCGAUGGGACUAACUGCUUCUACUCCUCUCCGCCUCUGAGAUCCUCUGUGUUCUCCUCCACCACCUUCACAGCCUGUGGCAGUAUUUGCUUUCCACAGAGAUGGACAGCUGCUCAGUCUAGACUUAGAAUCAUUGUUGGAUCUGUGGAUUAACUGUGAAGCCACAAAUUCAACUGACUUUAUCAAGAUUAAGGUCCUUGUAUUGGAGACAGGCCCGGAACUGACACCAUAGACACCUAGAGAUGUGAUGACCAGAGAAGUCGUCAAAACAGAAGAACUCGUAAUAUUGUUGGUGGAUGGUGUCAACCAAACAUAGGUCAAAAUGGAACCAAUUAGAAAAGACAUGGAGCUGCUAAGUAACAGCAUGGCGAGCUAUGCUCACAUCAAAGCCAACCCAGAGAGCUUGGCUUUGUACUUCAUGAUGGGUGUGUGUUUUGGCCUGCUCCUGGCCCUGUGCCUCCUGGUCACCGGCAUCGCCUGUAGCACACAUCGUGGUCGCACCAAGAACACUCCCCACGCCCUAGAGAGGAGACAACUGAAGUCUAGUGAAGAAGAUGAGGAACAGGAGAAAGUGGAUGUGGAAGAAGGGGAGGAGGUUGAGAUCCCUAAAUUAACUAUGGUGCCUAUGAGCAACCUCAGCAGCCAAUCAAAUGAUACUUUGAGGAGCGUGAACGUGUUUGCGUCGGCAGAUGAGCUGGAGAGGGCGAGGCAACUGGAGGAGAGGGAACGCAUCAUCAGAGAAAUCUGGAGAAACGGGCAGCCUGAUAUAAUGGCGACUGGGACAGGGACCAUCGGACGGGUACACUACCUCUAAAGGACCUAAAGUGACUCAAUGACCCACUAACAUUUUAUUAACCCUGAACUUUAUAUACUUCAGACAGAGACUGUAGUGGACUUUACUGGGCAAGCACAGAUUCACCUUCAUCUUUUCAUUCAAUGUGUAUUUUCAACGUUCUUCAUUAAUGUACGACCAUGGCAAAUGUGUUGCACAAUACAAUGUACGCUUUUAUGUUUAUACUUCAAUGAGUAUCCAUAUACAUUUUUUAUUUUGGUAAUAAAAAGUAGAAUUUCA